CGGAGGCGCAGACGCCGCGGGACGCGCCCGAGCUGGAUGAUGCUGAUGAUUCUGAGAAGAGCAUGAAUGAAGAAAAUGGAGAGGUCUCAGAAGACCAGUCUCAGAAUAAGCACAGUCGCCACAAAAAGAAGAAGCAUAAACACAGGAGUAAACACAAGAAACAUAAACAUUCCUCAGAAGACGACAAGGAUAAAAAGCAUAAACAUAAGCAUAAACAUAAGAAACACAAAAGAAAAGAGAUCCUUGAUGCUUCUGACAAAGAAGGCAUGUCUCCAGCCAAAAGAACUAAACUUGAUGAUUUAGCUUUGCUGGAAGACUUGGAGAAACAGAGAGCCUUGAUCAAAGCGGAACUGGAUAAUGAGUUGAUGGAAGGAAAGGUCCAGUCUGGGAUGGGGCUCAUACUCCAGGGCUACGAGUCUGGCUCUGAGGAGGAGGGGGAGAUCCACGAGAAGGCGAGAAACGGGAAUCGAUCUAGUGCUCGGUCCUCAAGUACGAAGGGGAAGCUUGAACUCAUGGACAAUAAAAACAGUACGAAAAAACGAAGUAAAAGCAGAUCCAAAGAACGGACUAGACAUAGGUCUGAUAAAAAGAAAAGUAAAGGAAGCGUGGAAAUAGCGAAAGAGAAGACCACCAGGAGCAAGUCAAAGGAGAGGAAAAAGUCCAAAAGUCCGUCCAAAAGAAGUAAGUCUCAGGACCAGGCCAGAAAGUCCAAGUCUCCCGCCCUGAGAAGGCGAUCUCAAGAGAAAGUGGGGAAGACCAGAUCUCCCGCGGACGACAAAGUGAAGGCGGAGGAUAAAAGUAAGUCAAAAGAUAGAAGAAAGUCCCCCAUCAUAAAUGAAAGUAGAAGUCGGGAUCGGGGCAAGAAAUCUAGGUCCCCAAUAGACUUAAGAGAUAAAUCCAAAGAUAGGAGGUCACGGUCCAAAGAGAGAAAAUCAAAACGGUCUGACUUAGACAAGGAAAAGAAGCCGAUUAAGUCUCCCUCUAAGGAUGCUUCUUCUGGGAAGGAAAAUCGGUCGCCCAGCAGACGACCUGGUCGUAGCCCGAAGAGAAGAAGUUUGACUCCGAGACGAGACAAAUCAAGAAGAAGUCGUUCCCCUCUUCUAAACGACAGACGGUCUAAGCAGAGCAAAUCACCUUCCCGAACUCUGUCUCCUGGGAGAAGAGCCAGGAGCCGGUCCUUGGAGAGGAAACGGAGAGAAGUAGAGAGGAGGCGGCUGUCUUCUCCAAGAACGCGAACUCGAGAUGAUCUCCUGAGCAGACGGGAAAGAUCCAAAGAUGUCAGCCCUCUGAGCAGGUGGUCUCCAGCCCGAAGACGCCUGAGUCGCUCGCCCAUGCGCAGGCGGUCUCGCUCCCCCCGGAGAAGAAGCCGCUCUCCCCGGAGACGAGACAGAGGCCGCAGAAGCCGAUCCCGUCUCCGAAGGCGCUCCCGGUCACGGGGUGGUCGCAGACGCAGGAGCAGAAGCAAAGUCAAGGAAGACAAAUUCAAAGGGAGCCUGUCGGAGGGCAUGAAAGUGGAGCAGGAGUCCUCAUCAGAUGACAACCUUGAAGACUUUGAUGUAGAGGAAGAAGAUGAAGAGGCCUUAAUAGAACAGCGGAGGAUACAGAGGCAGGCGAUCGUUCAGAAGUACAAGUAUCUUGCUGAGGACAGCAACAUGUCGGUGCCGUCGGAGCCCAGCAGCCCGCAGAGUAGCCCCCGCACACGCUCUCCGUCCCCAGACGACAUCCUGGAGAGGGUGGCCGCCGACGUCAAGGAGUACGAGCGGGAGAACGUCGACACAUUUGAGGCCUCCGUGAAGGCCAAGCACAACCUGAUGACAGUCGAGCAGAGCAACGGUUCAUCUCAGAAAAAGCUGUUGGCACCUGAUAUGUUUACAGAAUCUGAUGACAUGUUUGCUGCGUAUUUUGACAGCGCGCGUCUUCGGGCUGCAGGCAUUGGGAAAGAUUUCAAAGAGAACCCCAACCUCAGGGAUAACUGGACUGACGCGGAAGGCUAUUACCGUGUGAACAUCGGCGAAGUCCUUGACAAGCGUUACAAUGUGUAUGGCUACACCGGCCAGGGAGUCUUUAGCAAUGUCGUCCGAGCCAGAGAUAACGCCAGAGCCAACCAGGAGGUGGCCGUGAAGAUCAUCAGGAACAACGAGCUCAUGCAGAAGACUGGUUUAAAAGAACUCGAGUUCUUGAAAAAACUAAAUGAUGCUGAUCCCGAUGACAAGUUUCACUGUCUGCGACUCUUCCGGCACUUUUACCACAAACAGCACCUGUGUCUCGUGUUUGAGCCUCUCAGUAUGAAUCUGCGAGAGGUGUUGAAAAAGUAUGGCAAGGACGUGGGGCUCCACAUCAAAGCUGUGCGCUCCUACAGUCAGCAGCUGUUCCUGGCACUGAAGCUCCUGAAACGAUGCAACAUCCUGCAUGCCGACAUCAAGCCCGACAAUAUCCUGGUUAAUGAAUCAAAAACGAUUUUAAAGCUGUGCGAUUUUGGGUCUGCCUCUCAUGUUGCGGACAAUGACAUUACGCCUUACCUUGUCAGUCGGUUUUAUCGCGCUCCCGAGAUCAUUAUAGGUAAAAGCUAUGACUAUGGUAUAGAUAUGUGGUCUGUAGGUUGUACCUUGUAUGAACUCUAUACUGGAAAAAUUUUGUUUCCUGGCAAAACCAAUAACCACAUGUUGAAACUUGCCAUGGAUCUCAAAGGAAAGAUGCCAAAUAAGAUGAUUCGAAAGGGUGUAUUCAAAGACCAACAUUUUGAUCAAAAUCUCAACUUCAUGUACAUAGAGGUCGAUAAAGUCACAGAGAGGGAGAAAGUCACUGUCAUGAGCACCAUCAAUCCCACUAAGGACCUGUUGGCUGACUUGAUUGGGUGCCAGCGGCUGCCUGAAGACCAGCGGAAAAAAGUGCACCAGUUAAAGGACUUGCUGGACCAGAUCCUAAUGCUGGACCCGGCCAAACGGAUCAGCAUCAACCAGGCCCUGCAGCACGCCUUCAUCCAGGAGAAAAUUUAAGCGAGACGAAGAAGCUCUAAGGGUUUGAGUAAUUAAUGCAAAGACUGAAGAAAUUUCACAGCAGUUUAUUCAUGUAUAUAAACUUAUAAAUAUUUCUCCUGCAAAUUUGAGGAAGCAUGAUAUAUUUGAAUUAACACCAAGGGUGAUAAUUUCUUUUAGAAAUGUUAGUUAAUCUGUUUUGUGUCUUAUGUGAAAUUUCAUUGUAGAACUGUUUUAAUUGCCAAGACUGCACAGAUUACAGUGCUAAUGUAUAUGGUUGCAGUUCACAUAAAAGACCCCCACCCCCACCCAAAAAAAAAGCACCUGUUAUAAAAUGAGUCGUAGUGUUGGGUGGUUGAUUUAUUUUUAGCAGACUUGGCAUCAUUUUGGGCUCCAGAUGAAAUGGCCAGCAUAAAUGCUGUUUAUAUCCGCAUUCUCCUAGGUGUGCGCAGGCCACAGCAGCCCUUGGUGCGGUCAGUGCCGAAAGGGGCCUGUCCUCCUUGAGCCUGCCCGCAGGGACGCUCCUUUUAAAGCAGGGUGCGCGGCAGUCAGUACACUGGAGGUAAGCUGGACCAUCGCGUCACUGCUGGUGUGAGGUGGUAUUGAUUGGAACAGCUGACAGGAGGGAUAGUGGCUGUGUGGCAGAUUCCCUGCAUGUGUGGUACCUGAUCUCGGUUUCUGUUUCGGCAUUGCGACUGCGGCAUAGUUGCAGUUUCUGUUCUGUCUAUCCCGCUGGAGACCAGAAGCGUGUGCGCCUGAAGGGGGAGCGCCUUCAGUGGACUGUUUCUUACUAACUUUGAUUUUUUUAAUCAACUUGCUAUAUAGACUUUAUACAUUUUGUUAAAUAAAUACAGUUCCUAGUAACGUAGAAACCAGGCAUAGUUUUCAUUUACUAAUUACAAAGGUUGAGGCCUGAUUCUGAAAGUCCUCCUAUUUAAAAGUUAGAUAGGCAACAUAAAUGAAAUUUUUAACUAUUUGUAUGUCAUUUUGAAAGUGUACUGCUUUAUGGUAAAAGUGUUUUUCAUCUGUUCAUCGUUUUCAUUAUUUGUGAUCAUGUUGUCUUUCAAUACAGGCAUAACCCUUCCACUCUUGAGCAAAGCAGCUGCUUUUUAAAAGCGGUAAUUGCUUCUUUACCUUUUAUUUCUUUUGUAAAUGAAGCUUUUCUUUAAGAAUGUGACUUUAAAGUGUUGUCUAUUGCAUAAAACAGUUGACACUCACUUAUUGUAAAGUGAAGAUUGUUCUACUGCAUGUGAAAUGGCCAUGCAGGUUUCUGUAUGUUUCUCAGUAUGCAUCACUAGGUAAUAAAGUCUUUUGUGAACCAGG